AUGAACAAAUCUGAUUAUCUGAUCAAAGCAAAAGAGAUAUUAGAUAAUGAAAGAGCAUUCAAAAAAUUAGACUAUGAUUUAACUGAUAAACGUGAACAAGAAUUUAUCGAAUUUCGAUUGCAACUUAAAAUAAGCAAAAUGAUUAAUUCUAAACAAUAUAGAUUAAUGAGACCGGAGACGGGUUCACGAACACCAGCAACAUAUUUCUUAGUUAAAGUACAUAAAUCGGGGCAAUCAGUUCAACCUAUCAUUUCAAGUUAUAAUUCAUAUAACUAUAAUACGCCUAAAUAUUUAACAACAUUACUUAAUCCAGCAAUCUCACAAUGUCCGUCUUAUGUUAAAGAUUCAUUCGAUUUUGCAAGAAUUAUAAAAGAAAAUAAGACCUUACCAGGGCUCAGAAAAGGCUAUUAA